AUGCGAAACGCAGCCCUUUCUGUUCUUGGCAUCACAGCCACACCAUCCUCGACCGGUACUCCUUUGAGUUAUGCAGCCGGAUCAGAAAGAGCACUGACAUUGUCAAAUUUGGCAAAUAUCGUCUCCUUUGGAGACUCCUGGACUGAUAUUCGGUUCGACGUCAAUGGAACUCAACCAUCGUUGGGAAUUCCGUUUGGAAACACGGGCAAAACAAGUUCCAAUGGAAAGAUGUGGCCUCAAUAUCUUGCCAUGAAGUACAAUACAUCUACCGUUCUCGGUUAUGAUCUCGCUCUCAGCGGCGCCGUUGUUGAUGUUGAUAUCAUUACCACCGCAACGCACGACAUGGAUGAGCAAGUGAACGAGAAAUUCGAGCCGUACGCAGACCAAAGCGGGUUGCUGCCAUCCAGAAAAACUCUAUAUACCCUAUGGGUCGGUAAUAAUGAUAUGAACCGAUCAUACAAUGGCACGGAUCCUGCGAUCAACUCAAAGGUGAUCGCCAGAUACAAGGAACUAGCGACCCAUCUCCACAAUGUUGGCGCACGUAACUUCCUUUUCCUCAGUGUACCUCCCAUGUGGCUAUUUCCGAGCAACAUGGCCAACGGCGCUGACCUCGCCAAACUUCGUUCAGCCGUUGAGGAUUUAAACGCCAGACUGCAGAAAAUGGCGAGAGAGAUUGAUCACGAUCUUGCUUACACUUCAGUAUAUUACUUUGACAUUACCAGUCUCUUCGGCACUGUCGUUGAAGAUCCUGGUCAAUUCAAUGAGACCGCGAUCUACAAAGAUACAACUUCAUGGCGUGAAGCCUACGAGUCUGGGACGUCGAAGCCGGACUACAAGUCUAGCAAAUGUACUUACUCAGCCCUGGAGUAUCUCUUCAUUGACGGUGCACAUCCUACACAGCCUUGGCACGACUUGAUGGCAAACAGGCUCUCCAUCAUGCUAGAUAAUGGAGAAUCGCUCAGCUGA